UUUUCACUCUACCAUGAAGGUACUUCGUGUUUUGCUUCUUGUAGCCAUUGUAGAUGCCCAGCGUCUUGGGCAAUACAAUGUGGACAGGUCGCAGAUCUCAGUGUCUGGAUUCUCCAGCGGGGGAGCUUUCAGUACACAAUUCCACGUUGUUCAUUCGGGAACCAUCAUGGGAGCCGCUAUAUUUGCGGGAAUGCCGUACAACUGCUUCAUCUACUAUGGUGUGAGUGGGUGUGGUCAGGAACCCGAGAAUAUAAACAUUGCGCGACUGGUGCAAGAUACAAGAGAUUUUGCAAUUACUGGCGAUAUCGAUGCGGUAGAAGGGAUCUCUAGAGCAAAGGUCUAUUUAUUCCAAGGUCCAAAUGACUUUACCGUGCAAGAAGGAAAUGGUCCAGCGAUACGAGAGUACUACCAGAACUUUGGUUCAGAUAUUGCAACAAUGUUUACAACCAACGCGGGUCAUGGUUUUCCCACUAAUGAUUAUGGCAAUGAUUGCGAUACAUCAAGUCCCCCUGCCAUCAACAGGUGUGAUUACAGUGGAGCGUUUGGUGCUUUAAAUCACAUAUAUGGGGGCAGUCUUACAGACCCAGGAACUGCAUGGACACCUAACGAGGAAAAUCUUAUUGAAUUUGACCAAACCGAGUUUGCGGAUGAGUUUGGUAUCACCAGUUUUGAUGAUCUUGGGUGGAUUUAUGUACCGACAAGAUGCCAAGAUGGAAGCAUUGCGUGCAGAUUUCACAUCCAAUUCCACGGUUGUUCUCAAGGACGCGUGUGGCAGGGGACGCAAUACGCCCUCUACACAGGCUAUAACUCUGUGGCAGAAGCUAACGACAUUAUAAUCCUCCAUCCAAAUAUAGAUGUCACUGAUUCAAACCCAAGUGGAUGCUGGGACUGGUAUGCCAUUGAGGAUACCGAGUAUCAAACGCGGAAUGGUGUGAUGGUGUCUGUUAUAAAAUCAAUGAUUGAUAGAGUUACUGGACCGUAAAAUACAUAUUCGAUAAAUUGAAGUCGGAGAGUCCAUAUACAUGGUGAUGAUUUUCACUUCGACUAAGAAAUAAAUGUAUUUUAUCACA